AUGAAGGAAAAAUUAAAAAAAAAAAGGCUUGAAAAGCAAAGUGAAGGCUUGCGUUUAAAGUGGGGAAACACAGCGCGUGCAAUGGCACUACAUGUAUACAGUGAAUUUUUAUAGCUUAUAAAUUCCGAUCUCUCGCCUUCCAUUUCCUUUCACACAACCGUCACCCUAGCUAAGCUACUUACCAAGGAUUGUCUACAAAAAGCUUGCUUUCAACUUGGGUGAUUUUUGUUUUAAAAAGAAAAAUGGGAGAGAUUAUUAAGAUUUUGCAUGGACUAAAGCAUGCAAUGUUGAUGGUGGUGAUUCAAGUCAUAUUUGCUGGGGUUAGUGUGCUUUACAAAUUGGCUGCAAAUGAUGGAAUGAGUUUAAGGAUCAUCGUGGCUUACAGAUUCUUAUUCGCCACUGCUGUUAUGGUUCCUGUUGCUCUCCUUGUUGAAAGGGAAAGGCCAAAACUGACUUGGACUAUACUUCUUCAAGCAUUUCUUUGUGCGUUACUUGGGGGAACGCUAUCUCAAAAUUUGUAUAUAGAAAGCAUGGCUUUGACAUCCGCGACUUUUGUUUCCGCCAUGGCUAAUCUCACUCCAGCUAUAACUUUCACUAUGGCCAUCAUUAUGGGAUUGGAAAAGCUAGGUUUUAGAACAAUGGCAGGGAGGGCAAAGGUGUUGGGAACGGUAAUUGGAGUAGGUGGGGCAAUGCUACUCACAUUUUACAAAGGACUCCAAAUUAAUAUCGGAUCAACCCAUUUUCACCUUCUUCUUUCUCAUGGACCUAUCUCCUCAAAUGCACCUUCUACCAACCACCAUCUGUUGGGCGCUUUGCUAGCUUUCACUAGCUGCAUCAGUUACUCUCUUUGGUUGAACAUUCAGGCUAAAAUGAGCGAAAACUACCCGUGUUAUUACUCAAGCACGGCAUUGAUAUGCAUCAUUGGAACCAUACAAGCAGUUGCCUUUGCACUGUGCAUGGAAAAAGACAUGAGUCAGUGGAAAUUAGACUGGAAUAUUAGACUUCUCACUGUUGCUUACUCGGGAAUUUUAGCAUCAGGGCUAGUGUUUAGCGUGGUCUCUUGGUGUGUGCGGAUGAAGGGUCCACUUUAUGUGUCUGUUUUCAGCCCUUUAAUGGUGGUCUUAGUAGCCCUUGCAGGCACAUUAUUCCUUGAAGAAAAGCUCUACCUUGGAAGCAUCAUUGGAGCAGUGCUAAUUGUGAUGGGACUUUAUGUUGUGUUAUGGGGAAAAAGCAAGGAGACGAAGGUGGUGAAUAAGUUAGUGGCAUCAAUCACUUCUCCAGAAAAUAAAACUAUCGAGAUUGUUGUUACUUCUUCUUUAGACAACAACACUUGUAUUAUUAACAACGACAACAGUGUUUUUGUCAGUAAAGAUUCACCAAUGAAAUAGGAUUCAAUCGUGAAAAA